GCCCCCCCAGUCCCCAAAAAGACAGAGGGAGAAAUAGUAGUAACGACAGUCCUUCAAAAAUUACGCAGCCCAAGGUUCUGCAAAAAAUCGAAGCUAGGUGAAUCGCAUUCAGAAGCGCAGAGCAGAGCAGAGCAGCUAGAACGUGCAGUGCAGGCUAAGCGAGUGAAAGUGCUGGAGAAAAAUUAGAAUUCGAAUUAAUAUUCUCUUGCCUUUGACGUUUGUGACACAGCCUCCAACCACACACACCCCCACGUACUCACACACGCGCGCAGUCGAAGAAGCACCCCCACGGAAGCACCCCCACAGCAGUAGCACCAGCAAAGGCAGAGCCACAGCCACAGCAACCGCGACUGCGACUGCGGAGACCAGCAGCAACGCUACCCAGUCAAAGCAUAAAGUGACGAAAAGUGCACGCCGCCAACCGCGUCGUCGUUGAAGCACAGCACAGCAGAGCAGAGCGGCGCGCAAAAGCAGCAGCAGAAGUAGCAGGCGGACAACCCAGGUCCGAUCCACAUUUCCAUUAGCGACAAGAGGCGGGGAGAGAGAAAAGCAUCAACAUGGCUUUCGCUGGACUAAAGAAGCAGAUCAACAAGGCGAACCAGUACAUGACGGAGAAGAUGGGUGGCGCCGAAGGCACCAAGCUGGACAUGGACUUCAUGGAUAUGGAGCGGAAGACGGACGUGACCGUGGAGCUGGUGGAGGAGCUGCAGCUCAAGACGAAGGAGUUCCUGCAGCCUAAUCCGACGGCACGGGCGAAGAUGGCCGCAGUCAAGGGCAUCUCGAAGCUGUCGGGACAGGCCAAAUCGAACACGUAUCCACAGCCCGAGGGACUGCUGGCCGAAUGUAUGCUGACUUAUGGUAAGAAGCUCGGCGAGGACAACAGCGUGUUUGCGCAGGCGCUCGUCGAGUUUGGCGAGUCGCUGAAACAGAUGGCCGACGUCAAGUACUCGCUGGACGACAAUAUCAAGCAGAACUUUUUGGAGCCCCUGCAUCAUAUGCAGAUGAAAGACCUCAAGGAGGUUAUGCACCAUCGCAAGAAGCUGCAGGGCCGGCGCCUCGACUUCGACUGCAAGCGUCGCCGUCAGGCCAAAGAUGAUGAAAUUCGUGGUGCCGAGGAUAAGUUCGCCGAAUCAUUGCAAUUGGCACAGGUAGGCAUGUUCAAUCUGUUGGAAAACGAUACUGAACAUGUCUCACAAUUGGUGACUUUUGCUGAGGCACUAUACGAUUUUCACUCUCAGUGUGCCGAUGUGCUACGUGGCCUGCAGGAGACGCUGCAGGAGAAACGAUCCGAGGCUGAGAGCCGGCCACGCAAUGAGUUUGUCCCCAAGACGCUGCUCGAUCUGAACUUGGACGGCGGUGGCGGCGGCCUCAUUGAUGACGGCACGCCGUCCCACAUUAGCUCGAGCGCCUCGCCGUUGCCCUCGCCGAUGCGCUCGCCCGCAAAGUCGAUGGCCGUAACACCAUCACGCCAGCAGCAGCCCUGCUGCCAAGCCCUCUACGACUUCGACCCAGAAAAUCCCGGAGAGCUGGGCUUCAAGGAGAACGACAUAAUCACGCUGCUCAAUCGCGUCGACGACAAUUGGUAUGAAGGUGCCGUCAAUGGUCGCACCGGCUACUUCCCGCAAUCCUAUGUACAGGUGCAGGUCCCCCUGCCCAAUGGCAACUAAAGCCGACUUCCUCCCUCAACCCUAUCAAAUUGGCUGAAGUCGUAGAUCAUGGUGGAGAACAAUAACCUUAAUGUUGGUUUCGCCAUUAGAGGCGCAAAGUUUGGCAGCACACAUACAUAUAGUUGAUUAGAUGCGGGUUACUACGGUUACGAUACGAUUAUACGGAUAUGUUUACGGCUUAGCUAGCUAGCAUUCAGCACAUUCACGUGGCCAUAAACGACAUUUGCAUGCAGGCAGACCAUAUAAACCAUAUACGAUUAUCAUAUAAAAGAAACAAAAUUUCAAAUUGCGAAAAUCUUACCAGUUGGCAACACAAUAAUUACAAAAACUCAAAUGAAUUACAAGUUAAAUUAAUAUUGUACGUAUAACAAACUAAAUUUACAAGUGUUACAAGCGAAAGGCGAUUUCCUUACGUUUUCCAUUUUAUUCUUCGAUGUCAGCAAUGUUGUUCCAACUCAAUUCGAGCUCCUAAUGCUAGGAUCCACAAUAGAUGCAGGCGUAUCUGCGAUGUUCUACUCCACAAACAGGUACUCCGUAGAACAUUACGGACAGUAAGCACUCUUGUUAAUGAAUUAAUUAGUUACCCAUACUCAUAGUGCUUUCAGAGGCAGUCCCGAUGAUAUUGUUUCCAGUUUGUCUCCCUCUUUCUUCCAACUCUUAACCAAGCCCAUCGUUCGUUGUAAAACUCUCUAUCCAUACGCUCUCUAUGCGGGGGAAUCCCUUUACAUUUUAAGCUAACGCUACCUAUCCACAUCAUAUACCCAAGCAUAUUUAUUGGAUACUACCCAAAUACCUAACUAUACCCAUAUUUGUGCGAAAACAAUACUCCCCCAACACUAUUCUAUUCUAUUCAAUUAUAUUCUAUUCUAAAUGGCCUACGGAAUACCAAUACCAAUACCGUUCUCGAUGUUCGUUGUAAAAUUGUAAGAAAAAUUCAAGAUUCAAGGAUAAAUCAAAACAAGUUUGUAUCCUAACUUUUGCUCCUUUUUAUGUGUGUUGUUUUUUUGUU